UGUUCAGUCCUGCCUUCCUCUGUUCCCACACCACACUCGCAUGUGGCUGUGGUGCGCAGUGAUCGACAGAGCCUGCGUCCUGUGAGCCGCGGGAUCACUUCGAGCGGCGUUUCAGUGGAUAUUCGCACGUCUUUACAGGCUUGGUCUGACUGCCUCCUAGUGCGCGUCUUCGGCACUGAAAAAAAAAGAUUUUGGAGGAAAAUUCUCAAACCACAGGAAACCCAACUUGAUAGCACUAAAAGGAACACUUGUUUCCCCUACAUACGCAAGUUUCAAAGAAAGAAUGCACACAUGGAGGACUAAAUGACACCCUGUCAGUGGAUCUUAUUGUAAAAUCAGAAAAGGUGAAGAAAAGAAACUCUGGGAAAAACCCACAAUGUCCACUGAGUCUUUCCAUGCUGCCUAUGCUGCUGUAGCCCCUUCUGCCAGCCCCAUGUCUCCCUCCACAGGAAUGCUUCGGAUGUUUCGUGAGUACCAGAGCAACGCAGUCAUCAUAGAGCACUAUAACUAUACCGGCAAACUGAAGGAGGACAAAUACACGGAAGGAAUCAAACCCAAUACCAUCGCUUUCCUGCUGGUGUGCCUGCUCAUUGUUGUAGAAAAUGCUAUCGUGCUUCUGGCCAUCUGGAAAAAUAAGAAAUUCCAUAUACCUAUGUACUAUUUACUGGGCAAUUUGACACUCUCUGACCUGCUGGCAGGUUUCACGUACAUGGUAAACCUUGUGACAUCCGGUGCCAACACGUUAAGCAUGACCCCGGUGCUGUAUUUCUUAAGGGAGGGGGGCGUGUUCAUCAUGCUGGCCGCCUCAGUCAUCAGCCUGUUGGCCAUCGCUAUAGAGCGCCAUGUCACCAUGGUGAGGAUGAAGCCAUACCAGGGGGACAAACAGGGCCGGAUGUUUGCUCUGAUCGGAGCGAGCUGGGUGCUGUCUGUGUUCCUGGGGGUCCUUCCUGUCCUGGGAUGGAACUGUAUGGGCCGGCUGGACCAGUGCUCCACAGUCCUGCCGCUCUACGCCAAGAGCUACAUCCUCUUCUGCAUCACCAUCUUCAGCGCCAUUCUCAUGUCCAUCGUGGUUUUGUACGUCCGCAUCUUCCGUAUCGUCAAGUCCAACACCCAGCGCCUCGCCACAGUCCCGCAGCGAAAAGGCCUUUACCGGAAGUCCCAGAAGUACAUGGCCCUGCUGAAGACGGUCACCAUCGUCCUGGGUGUCUUCAUCGCAUGUUGGCUGCCACUCUUCAUCCUCCUGCUGCUGGACUUCUUCUGUCCGGCCAAAUCCUGUGAGGUGCUCUUCAAGGCAGAUUAUUUCCUAGGUAUUGCUAUGUUCAACUCACUUCUGAACCCCAUCAUCUACACCCUGACCAGCAAGGACAUGAGGAGGGCCAUCCUCAGGCUGCUCUGCCGACACUGCCUGCUGACAAAGGAUGGACAAGUGAAGAAGAUCGGGAUGCCCUUCCUGGAGUGCAGCACCAGUAAGACGGACGCAACGUCUCACAGACCGGAGGGACUGGAGACGACCGUGUCCUCCGGGAACUUCACACCCUCUAUCAUUAAAGCCAUUUAUCCCCGGAUGCCUAAGACAUGACACAGUGGCUGAUUCUGACUUACCACUGAGAGGAAGCAUUCAGACUGAAAACUGUUCACUGCUUCUCUCUAGACUGAAAUGCAUUAUCAAGCAAACAUGGAGCUGAAAUGUUGUGUUGCACUCAUGGACAGAAUAUGCCUAGUAUGGGAGAAAGACUUUGUAGGUUAAGCUUUCAUUUUUCUAUUUACUUUUCCGUGAAUCUUUCCUGUAAAACUGAAAAAAUCCAUGCCUGAACAGUAGCUGAAAGUUUCCUGUGAAAAAUCAGCAUUACAGUUGUCUUUAAAGGUCAGUAUUUGUCAGAAGAUGUUCCUUCCGGAGGAAAAAAAAAGAGGACAUUUCAUCUUAUCAGUGUUCGUAGAGGAAUCAAAGAGCCUGUGCAGAUGUUUCACAUAAAUACAUCAUCUGAUAGAAAGGGUCUAAAGCUAAACAUGAGAUUUAUCCUUAUCUCCUCUGCCUGUGUAGCGUAUAUAAUGAUAUGUUGUCACAAACAUAGAGCAUCCACACCCAAAAUCUGCUGCCAAACCCAUGUAAUUUCUGCCAUGUGAGUUUUGGUCAGCAGUGGAGCUGGGUAGAGGUCCCCCCACGACCGACAUUAGAGGCUCGGCGGCCUGGAGACGCACCGAAGACGUCAUAUGGAGGGCUGAGCUGGGUGGUUUGCAGCCUUGGAGGUCCCUUUGACAUAUGUAGCAACACAUGAUGAAUGCCUAAGAGCAAUAAAAGCUGACAGCGGAGGCUUGUUGACGCCUCCUCGGUUUAACAGACUGGAAUAUCGCAGUGAAAUUACAGCUUGCGCACGACGAUGACAGUCUUUAGAACUUUCUCUUUGGAGUGAACUGUUCUCGAUACCGUGGAAUGAUACUAAACUAUUCUUCUUGUUAAUUUCUCACCCCACACAUCAACAAACGACUCAGAAAAAAAUGCGUGGGCAGGGGAACUUUAUUGUAGUAGUGACAUAAACGAUGCCUUGUUAUAUUGUACAGAAAUGUAAAGAGAAAAAUUAUAUUUAGUGAUUUUUGUGGACUUUGUAAAUAUCUAUACCCCCUGUGAGCUGCAUUUUGUUUUUGUAAAAUCCUCACUUAAGUUAUGACGCCAGUUUUAUAUGUGCACUGAAUAAAGAUAUGUGAAUGAUUUUUA